AUGGAGAACGACUUGCCGGAGCAUGUGCGAGACUACAAGCUGGACACGCGGUUCCUCAGGGAUCGCAGAGUUGUCCAUAUUUUGAAUGAUCCCCAAGCGCCCCCUUCGUCGCCAAAGGUGCAGGAACGCUGGGAGCGCGAUAGGCUACCCAUCGCUCGCGGCGGCCAGGCCAAGGUAUAUUUGGAGACGUGUAUAACCGAAGGCCAUCGAUACCAAUCCCGCCGCGCCGUGAAGGUGACACGACUUGACGACCGCAGCGGCGCAAGGCGACGAUGCCUCAAUGAGCUCAAACUCAUCACCAAGCUCUCUCACGACAGAUAUUCGAGGCAUUUCGUCAAGACAUUAGGAUGGUAUGAGUCGAAGAAUUAUCUGUACGUCACAAUGGAAUAUUUUCCUGCAGGGGAUCUGCAGGCAUAUCUUGACGAAAACCCAUUGGCCGAGGACGAGGCUCGCCAGAUUGCCAUCCAGGUCCUACGAGGCCUCGUGCUCAUGCACGGAGAAGGCUAUGCGCACCGUGACAUAAAACCCAAGAAUGUCUUAAUCCGACAACAUCCGAAACUCGGGGAAGCCGGCCUUUGGUGGGUCAAGCUCUCAGACUUUGGAACCAGCAAGCAACUGGGGGGAGCACCUGUUGAGACGGAAAGCACGGUGCUCAUGAGUGAGCAUUAUACGGCACCAGAAAUUCUAUUGGGUCAGACAGGACGCUCGGAUAUCAACCACCCAGCGACAGACAUGUGGGCUUUGGGCGUCUUGACGUUCUUCAUGUUGACCAAGACUCACAUGUUUCCCGAUUUGAUGAGCCUUAUCCAGUACGGGGAGAAUCCGGACGAGCUCUUCCCCCGUCAGCGGUUGGAUGAGUCUUGUGUCGGCAAGCAAGGUCAAGCGUUCAUCCGCGCGUUGGUCAGACCAGAGGCAAGAGAGCGACUUGACGCCAACGCGGCGGCCGUUCAUGAAUGGGUGCAGGACUGGAUACCACGCGAACCAGUAGUCUUAGACGCUCGCAGCGAGUCUACGGUCUCAUCGCCGCUCUCGGAAAGCUACAUCGAAAAGGGCUUGACAACGCAGGAAUCUCAGAUAACUGGUUUAGAACACCCCCUAUCGCAUUACCCGUUGCCGGGAGCCACCGCCUCAAACGGGACAUUUGCCGAGGCGGUUGACCAUGGAGACAUGAAGCUACCUGUUGCUAGUGGCACGAGUCUUCAGUCCGUAGAUUUGGCCAAGAGUAUGGAGAACCCCAUGGCCGAUGACCAGAAGGAUCUCCAGCGGCGCAUGCAUCGCAUCCUCAGCGGCAACUUGACAGAUGCAAGCCGGAAGAACUCCAGAUGCGAUAAGCACCCCGUCUCCAACGUGUCAGGGGAGCUGCGGUACGUGCGUCUAAGAGACACUCUAGAGGAAUUAAUCGCAGAUCUGGAGUCCUGGCAGAACCAUUUCGGAUUUCGCAUGGUCGACGCAUAUCUCGACGACAUCAUCGAAACGGGAGCCGCUGAUGCAGCUGGGCCCAGUUUCAAUGAGCCCGCUGGGGAAUCUCACACCGUCUUCGUCGGUGAAGAGGCAUUCGAGGCGUACAAUAAAGAGGCCAUUCCGUACAGUACGGCUUUGGUAGCUUGGCGCCCGACCGACUCCGAGAGCCUGAUCAUCGACAUCGCCACCAAAGGGGCAGGCACGCAAAGGUACGCGCGGGAGCUUGCCCGACGCUUUCGAUAUUCGAGCCCGGCGGUCUUGGGGAUACUCUACUGCGAAGGGGUUGUGCGACUAUCUGGGGAGUCCAGCGUGGCUUUCCUCUUCCGUCUCCCCAACGAAUACACAAACGUCCGCAGCGUCCGGCAACUGCUCCUGUCAGGUCAAGCGCACGACUCGCUUUCCGACCGGCUCGAAAUGGCCAAACGGCUGGUCAACGCUGUGUAUACCGUCUCCUUGCACGGAUACGUGCACAAAAACAUAUGCCCUGAGACCGUAUUGGGCUUAAGCAGGAGGGACGAAGUCAAGCUCCCAAGCAUGGCCGUCUUGGUCGGGUUCCAGGCCUUGCGAAGAGAGGGUGCUGAGACAUACCCUCUGACGGAUAGCAAGUGGGAGACGAACCUGUACCGCCAUCCGCAACGGCAAGGAACCAGCGUCGACUACUACACUACGCAGCACGACGUUUACAGCCUUGGGGUUUGUCUCUUGGAGAUUGGACUUUGGCAGUCCUUCGUUACAUACCGAGCCGACGGGACUACACAGCCCUCCGCAGCACUCGGGCUCGCUGAACGUGGUGCACUACUCAAGAACCCGAAAGCACUGAAGGAGCAUCUGACUGCACUCAGUCGCAGCACCGCACUGAGGGCAAAGAUGGGCACCCGCUACAGCGAGGUUGUUGAGACGUGCUUGACGUGUCUGGACGAGAAUAAUGAGGAUUUCGGCGACAAGAGGGCAUUCCAGGAUCCGAACGGGGUGGAGAUGGGCGUAUUGUACCUUGAAAAGGUCACCAAGAAGUUGGACAGGGUAUCUGUGUAA